AAAUUAAAAAAAACCAGACACACACUUCCACACACAACAAAGUUUCCAAAGUUCAAAAAAGUCAUUACAUAGAUCUACCUCUUUGUUUUCUUCUGUUUCUUUUUUUCUUGAUAUUUAAUUCCUCGUUCAAUGAUAAGUAAAUCAAACGAGUUCACUCGCCGGAUUUUGCAUUUACCGGCGAUUCGUCCGUGCGAAUCGGUUUCUCUCUCUACUCUCGUCACUUCUCUCAUCAAAUUAGCCCACUCAAUAUGUUCCUUCAAAUCCAAAACCUUCUUCACAAACAAGAAGAACGCAUCGGUUUCGAUCAAACUGAUCGAAACCCUCCUCGUUUUUCUCCAAGAGAUCCGAAACACGAAUCCAACAACUUCCGAACCCUCCACCUUCCUCUGCUUGUCGGAGCUCCAUUUCGUCUUCCAGAAGGUUCUCUUCCUUCUGGAAGAUUGCUCGAGAGCCGACGCCCGUCUCUGGAUGCUGAUGAAAUCCGAAAAGGCGUCGGCUCAUUUUCGCGAGCUUAUGAGAGCGAUCGCAAUUGCUUUGGAUGUUCUUGAUCUUGUUGGUGGUGGUGGUGAUAAUGAAGUACAAGAAUUGGUGGACUUGGUAAAGAAACAAGCACUAAGAGCAAAAUUCGAUGUGGGAAAGGAUGACCGAAGAGCCGUCAGAACGGUUCUUCGGGUCAUCGAUCAAUUUGAAUGGGGAAUCGCUCCCCAAUCAAAUGAUCUGAAAAGGGUUCUCGGUUACUUGGGAAUCGCAACUUGGAACGAGUGCAACGACGAGGUCAAAUUAUUGGAAGCCGAAACCGAGCGAGAGUACGAGACUUCUCAGAAAAGGGAUGUCCAAUUUCUCACUAGUCUAAAGGCUUUCUUGAUCUUCUGCAGGUGCACUGUUUUCGUCGACACUAACGACAAUGUUGUCGUACAACAACAGUUUGCAGGUAGCGAUCAGACGAUCGUUACCUGUCUGAAAAGCGAUGAUUUCCGGUGUCCAAUUACACUGGAAAUCAUGGCUGAUCCGGUUACAAUCUCGACCGGUCACACAUACGACCGAUCAUCGAUAUCGAAAUGGUUUGCAUCGGGAAACCGGACGUGCCCGAUAACCGGGGAGAAGCUCGUAUGUGUGGAUCUGGUUCCGAAUCUCGCUCUAAAGCGGCUCAUAAAGCAGUUUUAUUGUUGCGGAAACGGAACCGCAUUUGCCGCACACGACUUAACUAUUACAAAGUCGUGUGGGGUCGUAAUUAGUAGUUUAGCAGCCGAGCAGGCGACGAAGCAGCUGGCGAAUUUUCUUGUUUUCAUGCUUCUUUCCGGAACGAGCGACGAACGGAACAAAGCCUCAUACGAGAUCCGUCUGCUCACCAAAACAAGCGUUUUUAAUAGAUCUUGUUUGGUCGAAGCGGACGCGAUCCCACCUCUAUUGAGUCAACUGAUUUCAAUCAAUCCAGCGUCGCAGGAAAACGCAAUGGCGGGACUAUUGAACCUCUCAAAACACUCCAAGGGCAAAAAGGUCAUAGUCGAAAACGGAGGAUUGGCCCGAAUAGUCGAUACACUAAACAACGGCCUCAAAAUCGAAGCCCGCCAGCACGCAGCGGGUGCAUUGUUCUACCUCGCUUCGGUCGAAGACUAUCGGAAAAAAAUCGGCCGAAUUACCGAUACUGUCCCUGGCCUAAUGGGGUUACUCAGGGGCAGAACGGUCAGCGGGAAAAAGAACGCGUUGGCGGCGAUUUUGGGCCUACUUAUGCACCCGGAGAAUCAUUGGAGGGUGCUAUCAGCUGGAUUGGUCCCAUUUUUGGUUAAGAAUAUUCUUUCCGAAUAUUCCGUUGAAAGGGAAGAUGAUCUUGUUACAGAUUCGUUAGCGGUUUUGGCUACACUCGCCGAGAAACUCGACGGAGCAAUGGCGGUUUUGAGCGCCGGGGUUUUGCCGGUGAUUUUGGAUAUUAUUACGAGCGCGUCAAAAUCGAGGGCGGCCGGAGAAUACUGUGUUUCUCUGUUGCUGUCACUGUGCGUUAACGGCGGCGCUGACGUGGUCGGUCUUCUAGUGAGGAACUCGCCGUUAAUGGCGGCGCUGUAUUCAUUGCUGGCUGACGGGUCGACCCGGUCCAGCAAGAAAGCCGGUUCGCUGAUCGGGAUUUUGCACGCUUUCAACGAGAAGAGCAGAUUUUCGUCUUCUUCGGCUGCUAUUGGUCAAGAACAAUUCGUUCGUGUGUGGUAAUCGAUUUUUUUUGGUAUUACCACACUUUAAUUCUUUUAAUUAUUUAUUUAACAAGCGUAUACUAAUACUAAAUGUGUAUAAAAAUACGUAUAUGAUUGUUUUAUUUAUUUAUUUAUUGUGACAGAAAAGCUCGAUUUUUAUAUGAGCUGGUCACCGAGGUGCCUCUGUUUUUUUAGUGACGAGGCAGUGUGCAAUAAUUGUUUGUAUUAUAGUUAUUUUUUAUUUAAUUAAUUUAAAAAUCUCGAAUUAUAU